AUGGUUUGGUGUCUUUGGUUGCUGUUGGAGGCUUCUCCUCAGCAGGUGGUCAUCAAUUAUCCUAAUUGGUCAUUCAUGCUAAAAUUGUUAACGUUCAUGAAUGUGAUCCUUACGCAAACUGGUGGUAUCAACAACAGACAUUUUCUCGUCAUGGUGAAUGCAAUCAAAGGAUUGUACAUUUCAUGUGAUGUUCCCAUGGCCCAGUUCAUCAUCAACAUGAAUGCUGCUUUGCCUCAGUCCCAGAAGUUUAUAAUACACGUGCUGGAUAACACUCAUAUUUUUGUGCGCUCUGAUGUGGCUGGUAUGAUCAGAAGUGCUAUUGCAACUUUUAGAGAGCAGAACACGUACGAGAAGCCCUCCUCUUAA